AGCAAACAGAUCCAGCCUCGACCCAAGUUUCCCUGGGAACGCGCUGCAGAAGCGAGGAACGCUGCCAGUACACUACUCAGAGCUGCCACAAUGAGGCUGGUCCUCGCGCUCUGCCUCUUGACCGUCCAGGCCUUCCAGACCCCGCGGCCCAGACCCGCGGCCCAGAUCCAGCGGCGCGCCUUCCUCGACGACGACGACGUCAGUGAUUCGGCGUGAUUUCCGACCUUUUCCGAACGUCGACGCCAUGCUGCACCGCCUCGACGCCGUCGACGCGGCCGCGUGAGAGUCUACGCGUCUCGCGAGAGCGCCGCGGCAGUCUCGCGACGGUGUUAAUCACACAGGGCUCGAUCUGGGACACAUUAUUAAGAAACGGACCCAUCAGCUUCGGGAUUAGGGUGGCGCGGCCCGACUUCUACGAAGAGACGGUGGUCACGUACAUGGAGACGAAAGGAGUGGAUAGACUAGAAGCGCAGCGGCGCAUGGACUUCAUGUUCAACGACCCGAACGGCUUCGGCGUCAACGAGUUGCGCGAGGAGCAGCUGGGCGAGAAGAUCAACUACAACGUUAAGUCGGGCGUCCAGAACCGGCCGGUCUUCAGUGCCUUCUGGGCCGCAUGGUGCUUCUACUUCUUCUUCAUCUUCCUGCCGACGCGCGUUUCUGAACUCGGGGGCAUCGACUUCACGCCGUCGAAGUUCGACAUCAUGGGGCCCUACAACUAGAUUCACAUAACUAUUUAAGAAAGUCUGCUGAGACCUCCAACACGUUGCCGUCGGGGUCUUGUAUACGCUCAGCUCUAUCGCGCGCCGCGAGCCUUAAGGCGCCGACCGCGGAAACGCCUGUUGAUGGUGGCUUCGCCCGUCGAUCGGGCACGAGGAGCACACCAAAAGAAGAUGGAGCCGCCUCUAGAUAAAUAGAGCCCUUGGGCGGGUUGGGAUCAAAAGGCGACUCGCCCUCCUUCUUGUCGAAGGGCCGCGCGCGCGGGUACGGGGCGCGCUUGAACCCGUGACUUUCGUACCAGGCCGCGCUCUUCCGCGCGUCUUUUGAUCGGUAGGCCACGUACAUGAGGCGGUCGGGCGGCUCGUCGCCAACGAGCAGCCGCAGCGGCAACCCGCCCGGCGCGCCGACGGACCAGGCGCCGUAGCCGUCGCGCAGCUCGCCCCCGUACGUCACCAUGCGCGACGCGCGGAACUGCAGCGGCAACGCGAUUUGGACGUAGAGGACGGCGUCCGUUUCUGGAGAAGCCGGCGCGACGUCGUU